AUGGGAAGGAUGCCGUUCUCGCAGUCCAACCCCUUUGAACCGUCCUCCAAGCGGCGGCGGGUAAACAUCAGAUCUGCCAGCUCCCAGGGCGGCAGAACUGGGACAAUUGACCAGAGGCUCAUCAAUGGUUCACAGCACCAACGUUACUCCAGCUCAUUCCGUGACGAUACCUUGUCUCCCAAGAACCGAAUUCCGUCUCUUCAAGAUGCGGAUUCUCAAUUGGAUAUCUUCGACCUCGAAUUGCUCGCUCAAGAAAGUGAAAUCGGCAAUUCUCACGAGGUUCAGCAUGGCUUUUCUCGGGAGACACCUCGACAAAGUCGAUUUGUCUCGGCGUUUCAGCAGCCCAGUGCUCCAACCCAGAGGUCACGUUUCUUUGAUGCAAGUCCAAGCAUGACAACUCUUCGGCCACUUGAGUCUAUACCGGAAUUGACCUCUGCGCCACCUUCAAGUCCACUGAUCAUGCUCAACAAAAGGAAAGAAGAGCCCCGGACGGAACAGAGCCAGCGAGACCGCACAUAUGAUCUGAGUCAGUACUAUACAACUCAGUCCACGCCACAGCUACUCUCCCCUUUCCAGCCUAACUCCGAAAUGUCUCCCUAUGAUCGGAAAAAUCAGGGCCCCUCUUCGCCUUUUGCCAACCUUCCACCCUCUGUCCGAGGAAUUGUACUGGUCUCAAAGGACAAAUUGCCCGAGUCGUAUCGAUCCUUGUUCCCGUUCCCGCUCUUUAACGCCAUUCAGUCGAAAUGUUUCCAGUCGAUCUACAAUUCGAAUGACAAUCUCGUUCUAUCUGCACCGACCGGAAGCGGGAAAACAGUAGUUAUGGAGCUUGCAAUCUGUCGACUCCUCAAAGUUCUGAAAGACGAGCGAUUCAAAGUCGUCUACCAGGCACCGACCAAAUCUCUGUGUGGUGAAAGGUUCCGUGACUGGAACACCAAAUUCUCUGCAUUGAACCUCAAAUGUGCUGAACUCACUGGUGAUACGGACCAUAACCAGCUGCGAAGUGUCCAAAGCAGCCAGAUAAUCAUCACAACGCCUGAGAAAUGGGACAGCAUGACGCGGAAGUGGAAAGACCACGGACGUCUGAUGCAGCUGGUUAAGCUGUUCCUUAUCGACGAAGUCCAUAUUCUCAAAGAAAGUCGCGGUGCUACACUUGAGGCUGUCGUGUCGCGAAUGAAAAAUAUUGGAUCCAAUGUCCGUUUCGUUGCUCUCAGUGCUACUGUCCCGAACUCGGAGGACAUCGCUACUUGGCUAGGUAAGGAUGCGACGAACCAGCAUGUCCCUGCGCAUAGGGAACACUUCGGCGAAGAUUUUCGCCCUGUCAAGCUGCAGAAGUUUGUGUAUGGGUAUCAGCACAAUACGAAUGACUUUGCGUUUGAUAAAGUCUGUGGAUCCAAACUUCCUGAUGUCAUCGGAACGCAUUCAUGCCAGAAGCCGAUCAUGAUCUUCUGCUGUACUCGGAACUCGGCAGCGGCUACAGCUAAAGACCUUUCUCGUUUGUGGGGCAAGACGAACCCACCUUGUAGGCACUGGAAAGGUCCGGGUAGGCGGAUUGAAGUGGAUAAUGAGGAUCUCCAGACAACAAUUUCUGCCGGGGUUGCAUUCCAUCACGCCGGACUCAGUGCAGGCGACAGACAUGCGAUCGAAAAGGGAUUCCUGGAUGGUCACAUCAAUGUCAUAUGCUGUACUUCGACUCUCGCCGUCGGUGUCAACCUGCCGUGCCAGUUGGUUAUAAUCAAAAAUACAGUUGGAUGGCAAGGUGGUGGUUGUAAGGAAUAUUCCGAUCUGGAAAUGAUGCAAAUGCUCGGCCGCGCAGGUCGACCUCAAUUCGACGACAGUGCAACAGCAGUUAUUCUGACUAGAAAAGAACGCGUGACUCACUAUGAGAAACUGGUUUCCGGCUCCGAGAGUCUCGAAAGCUGCUUGCAUCUCAAUCUCAUCGACCAUUUGAAUGCUGAGAUCGGCCUGGAGAAUGUGAAAGACGUAGAGUCGGCUACAAAAUGGCUCGCAGGCACCUUUCUGUCCGUUCGACUUCGUAGAAACCCAACUUACUACAAGCUCAAAGAGGGUGCGAGCCAGGAAGACGAAGAUGAGCUUCUGCGGCAAAUAUGUGAGAAAGAUAUCAAGCUUCUCCUGGAAUGCGAUCUUGUCGACACUGAACAUCUCCGAUCAACCCCGUUCGGUGAUGCCAUGGCGCGAUAUUACAUCCGAUUCGAAACCAUGAAGACUAUCCUCUCGUUGAAGCACCAGGCUACGAUCUCGCAAAUUCUGGAAGCAAUCGUCCAAGCUGAGGAGUUCCGCGAAAUUCGCCUCAAAGCAGGUGAGAAGUCACUCUAUCGCGAGAUAAAUCGUGACCCUGGCAUCCGCUUCCCUGUCAAAGUCGACAUCGCCUUGCACACGCAUAAGAUCUCGCUUCUUCUACAGUCAGAACUAGGAGCAAUCGAUUUCCCCACAGACGACCAAUUUCAAAAACACAAGUUUUCUUUUCAUCAAGACAAGAGCCUUGUCUUCAACCAUGUCAACCGACUGAUACGCUGCGUCAUUGACUGCAUGAUUGUGCGCGAGAAUUCCGUUGAGGUUCUGAAUUCGCUGGAGCUUGCGCGCAGCUUCGGAGCAAGAGUCUGGGACCGUUCACCACUUCAAAUGAAGCAGAUCGAUCAGAUUGGAGUCAUUGCUGUUCGAAAACUGGCCGCUGCGGGGAUUACGGAUAUCGACACUCUUGGGAGUACUGAGGCUCAUUUGAUCGAGAUGACGCUUAGCAAGAACCCGCCCUUCGGUAUAAAAUUGCUGACACGACUGAAGGAGUUUCCAAAAUUGCGCGUGGCUGUGAGAAUUGUCGAAAAGGAUGCAAAGCUUGGAAAUGUCAAAGUCCGCUUCCACAUCGAAGUUGCCUUCAUGAAUGACAAGAUUCCGGUCUUUUCACAGCGACGACCUGUGCGCAUACGCGCCAACAGGCUUCAAGAUGGGCUGGAUUUCACUCUCAUGGCAGAGCUGAAGAAGCCACAUGACUACAUAAUCUGCCAUGCCAUGUGCGAUGAUAUCGCUGGCACUGCAAGACAGGCCGAGCUGCACCCUCAUGCUCCUUCUUAUCUGUUCCCCGCAAAAUCGAGAGAGGCAGGUGCCAAAGUCCGUGUGCUGAAGCCCAUAAUGGAGACUGUCCAGUCACAGGAUAGGAAACAGUCGGGAAUUAUGCCAAAGUUUGACGACUUUGACGGUGAUGAUUUGGAGCUGGACGACUUCCUGACUGCAGCUCAGCGUCGAGACAAAGCAAAACAGGCUGCUGAACCGAAGGAAUCUCAAGUUGAAGAAUUUGAAUGGAUGUCAAUUAGCAACACUUCAAGUCCCCAGCGUCGCCCAGAGACAACCAAGCCCAAAGCUGACGACUGGGUCGCUGACAUGGGUCUGCUUGACGAUAAUGAUAGAGGAACAAUCAGACUUCCAAAUGGGAAUUGGGCUUGCAAUCAUAAAUGCAAAGACAAAACGAGCUGCAAGCACUUCUGCUGCCGUGAUGGUCUGGAGAAGCCACCCAAACCCAGCAAAUCGCGGACUUUACCAAAUGACAAAUCUCCCGGCCUCAACCAAUUGACUUUGCCAGCUGCCAUCAAGAAACGAGACGCAUCGAAUGAUGCACCCAGGAAAAGUCAAGCCUCAAAGUCCAAGAUCACAAAGAAGAGCAGCAAUCUGUCGACAGCCAAGUAUUCCAUCGCUCCUAUCAAGCGAAUCUCGUCGUUCCAAUCUCAGCUGCGAGGAAAGCCUACCAGCAACAGUAGCCAGUCAAUCAUCGAGAAAGAGGGUCACGAGAGCCGAGCCCGGACCAGUUCCAGUGACAUUGAAGAUUUUAGCUUCGCCGAUCUACCACCAACGGGGCUUCUAGCACGCAGUGUGCGCAGAUUCGUCAAAUCAAACUCACCAUUAGUAGAAAAGACGUACCUCAAGGAGUCAGAAGAUGCCAUUAUCAACCCAAAAUCUUUCGAAAUCGAGAAUAGUGACCAAGAUUUGAUCGUGCCUGACUCAACCAGAACGAUUUUCACCGCAGUCGUUGCGGCCACUCCGAUGCCCGCGAGUCAAAACACUCAGCACCGCCGUUCUCUGAAGCGCCGGUCCAUUUUCGACAUCUGGAGCGAUGAUGUUCUCGACUCUGAAAGAGAUAUCUUCACGAACCCGAGUUUCCUGGACAGCUCCGCUACGACCGCGCCUUUCGCCCCAUCCACUGCAAACACGACCCGAAAUCUGAAACGCACAAUCCAUGUCCUCGAAGAUACACAUGGUAAUGCUCAGAAACAAGAUACUCAGCAGACAUCCCGGGAAUCCACUCAAGAACCGGAUGACCCGGAAGUAGAGGAGCCGGUCCCUGUUGAAGCUAAAGCUGAAACAACUUCGACUGCUGAAGAUGCCCCCACUGGAUGGGAGGAUAUUGACAGACUUAUGUUCGAGGAAUAUGGUCGCUUUAUCAACUUUAAUUAG